CCGACCUCAGCAUACCUACCACUCAACAUACUUGUUCGAAUCCGCUCUGUGUCGCAGAUAUGACUGAUCCCCGGACGCCACCACCACUGCCGUUAUUGCCAUCACCGCCUCUUUUGCGCCUCCCCCCGGCCAUUAGACGCCUCAUCUACCAUUUUGUUGGUUUGGCAUCGUGGGACCCCGGGGAUCCCUACCGAUUCGAUUUGCAUGGCCGACCAGCUGGGCAUCAUGGGUGGGGAGAGACCAUCGAAAUGAGCGUCUUUCAUGGCCUGCUCCUUUCCUGUCGCGCUCUCCACGCCGAGGCGGCUGCUCUGGUCUACUCGGCCAACUGGUUCGUCUUACACUACUCGCGCGCGGACCCAGACUCGCUCCGACCGCUGCGCGCUCUGACUACGCCGUCAAUUCUAUCCCUCUCUAAUCUCAAGGUCGUGCUCAACCAGGCUUCUUGCCACCAGCCGAGUACCUCCUUUGGCAGCUGUUGUCUCGAAGGGUACCAUUACCUUGACUCGUAUGGCAUGUUCCAUUACCCGCAUUGGAAGCACCACUGCAAGCGGUCACACCGGGGUUCAAUACAUCAACUCCCACUCCUGAGUCCGGCCGCGUCCGGGUCCGGUGAGGAGCAAGAGCUGGCGACGGCCCGGACGAUACUAAGAGACUGGCAUGCCGCCGCCGCCCACUUGUCCAUGACUGAUCCCGGCCGCCUUACGCUCUCCUUGGUUUGCGACAUCAACCCCAAACAUCCGCAAGCGCUACAGAUAGCCGAGUCUGCCGUCGCGCCGAUCCGCCUCCUCCCGCCGUCGCAUCUAAAAAGAUGCGAUGUCAGGUUGGCCAAAAGGCCGGAUGGCCGGUUACAGCAGAUUGCUCGGGACACUGUCUUACACGCGUGCGGUAUUCCCACGCCGUCCCUAGAGCCGUCAAAGAGGGUAACCCUGACGACCCUUCCACGUGAACUCCGCAUCCGUAUUCUCCAGUACACGGAUUUGGUGACCCCAAGGAGAGAGGUGACAUGGAGCCGGCAGGAACCCCAAUACGCCGUGUUCUGCCGCCGGUUCGAUGCCCGCCGCGACGGCAUCCCAAGCGAUCGCAAUGACACCCGCUUCUUCGCUUGCUCGCUCCGUGCAUGGCUCAGCAACGGGCCACCGAUGAAUGGUUGCUUCUGUCGUCGUCGCCACGCGGCCUUCACGCUUGACUGCGAGUGCUGGGCUCCACCACGGCCUCUGUUCCUCAUCUGCCGCGCGCUGUACGAGGAUGCCCAGUUCGUUUUCUUCUCCAGCAACCGCUUCGUCAUUCACGACUACAGCGCAUGCCUACCCUGGCAGGUACCGUUGCUUGAUGACCACUCGGAAGGGCCCGUCCCUACAUAUCCCUACUACAGCCCGCGGCUGGCCGCCUCCCAGUUCCUGCGAGACGUCGUACCCACGCACUCGCUCGCCCACCUCCGCUUUCUCGAGUUGGUCUUUCCUUGCUACCGCCCUCCUACCUGGCCCGAAUCCCAACACCCCGCCAUGCAGGACUGGCGGGCAACGGUCUCCUGGCUCCGAGGGAAGAUUAACCCGUCAGCACUCACUAUGCGGCUAGUCGUCUUGGACACGCUCUACGGAGAUCCAUCAACAUACAGGAGCACGAUAACCGCCGACGGGGGGGACGCGACAAUGAAAGCUUACAUGGAUCUCCUGGAGCCUCUGGUACCGCUAGCCAAGGAGGAUGGCCUUGCCCGGUUCUUCGCCACGCUCGCCUACCCUUGGGAGUUUACCGAAGAAUCACAAGCCCGCUGUGCCCGCUCCGAGGACUCGGGCAAAGCUUGGCUGUCGGGGGAAAAGGCGGCCAUCAAGCAACGUGCCGAACGUUUUGUGAUGGGCGCUCGGUACGAGAGCCUCUAUGCGAACGGUCGAGAGGAGCCGAAGCUCGGUGAUUGGCACAAGGUGUAUUACCGAUUUGACUACGAUCAUGAUGACGAUGGUAAUGGUGAUGACGGGGGCGCAUCGUCUCCUGAAGCCGGACCAUAA